AUGAACUGGAGCUUCUUUGAGGGGCUCCUGAGUGGAGUCAACAAAUACUCCACGGCCUUUGGGCGCAUCUGGUUGUCUCUAGUCUUCAUCUUUCGUGUGCUGGUGUACCUGGUGACAGUGGAGAAAGUGUGGAGUGAUGACCACAAGGACUUCUACUGUGAUACCCGCCAGCCGGGCUGUAACAACGUCUGCUUUGAUGAGUUCUUCCCUGUGUCCCAUGUGCGCCUCUGGGCCCUGCAGCUCAUCCUGGUCACCUGCCCGUCGCUGCUAGUAGUCAUGCAUGUGGCCUAUCGUGAGGCCCGGGAGAAGAAGCACCGGGAGAUGGUGGGAGAUGAGGGUGGACGCCUCUACAUGAACCCUGGCAAGAAGCAGGGUGGGCUUUGGUGGACCUAUGUUUGCAGCCUGGUGUUCAAGGCCAGCGUGGAUGUGGCCUUCCUCUACGUGUUCUACUUGUUCUACCCCCGCUACACGCUUCCCCGUGUGGUCAAGUGCCAGGCCGAUCCGUGCCCCAACACAGUGGACUGCUACAUCUCCAAGACCUCAGAGAAGAACAUCUUCACGCUCUUUAUGGUCGUCGCAGCUGUUGUCUGCAUCCUGCUCAACUUGGUGGAGCUGACCUACCUAGUGAGCAAGAAGUGCCGGGAAUGCAUAGCCUCGAGAAAGGCCCAGGCCAAAGGCAAACCAUCUGACCUCCUCUCAGGGGACCUCAUCUUUCUGGGUUCUGAAACUCCCCCUCUUCUUCUACCGGACCACCCACAAGAAUAUAUGAAAAAGACCUUGGUGUGA